GUCCCGUGCGUCAUCGUCAUGGCCGCCGUCAGCUGCGCGAGGCUCCUGUCACCGGGAUCCGGUCCCGGACUGCGGCUCGGUGCGAGGCUUCUUCCGGCUCUGAGCCGCGUGUCUCUGGUGCGCCGCCACAGGCUCGGCCCGGCCGACGACGAGCUGUACCAGAGGACCACAGUGACGCUGCUGCAGAGGGAAGCGGCCGGAGGAGCCGUCAUCUACAGCUACAGCCCGCGGGGCUUCAACAUCAGCGGGAACACGGGGCUGGGGCCGUGCGCCGUCCUGCCGCCAGCCGUCCUGCAGUGGAACGUGGGCCAUCACACGGACAUCACGGUGGAGAGUUUGUCUCUGUUUUACCUUCUGGAGCCACGCAUUGAGAUUCUGGUUCUGGGGACGGGGGCUCGUACGGAGCGUCUGGAUCCAAACGUGCUGGACUUCCUGAAGAAGAAGGGCAUCGCUGUGGAGGUUCAGGACACGCCUAACGCAUGUGCGACGUUCAACUUCCUGUCCAGCGAGAGACGGUUAGCCGCGGCAGGCCUGAUCCCUCCUCCUGCGGCCGAAUAACAGAGAACAGGACUCUGGGAAGCCAUGUUUUCUCAGUACAGUGUGUCACGUGAUCUCUGACUGUAGUGUGUGUGAGUGGAGAGUGAAUAAACACAGAUUAGAGGUAUUAACACA